AUGAGUGGCCAGCGGCAAGCUACUUCUAAUGUAGUCAGUAGUUUCAUCAAGACGAAGUUCAUUAAUACAAAAACUUCAUAUAAUCCCGGUGAUAUCAUCGACGAUAUGCAACAUCGUUUCGGGAUAAACUUGUCAUACCACAAAGCGUGGCGUUCGAAGCACAAGGCUGUGGAUGAGGUUAGAGGCAAUCCAAAUGAUUCAUACGAAUACAUACAUCAAUAUCUCGAGAAGGGAGAUUGGCUCCCGGUAUCUCGGAAGACAACAAUUGCGUAUCAACCUCAACUAGAAAUUGAGUGUUGA